UGAGGAGUUUGUUCAUGUGACAACACACAAACUUCGGAGGUUUAACUCAGUUUAAUAACUUCAGUCAGGUCUCUCACAGCAGAAGAACAAUUAGACUACGUUAUGAAUUCUAAUUAGACCAAGAUAUUUUGGCAACAACAAGGCGCGCGCCGCAGACCACAGGUGUAUGCAACAAGUUGAUUAAUCCGAGGCAGUAGAUAUGGAGGAGUCCAGUGACUUGUAUGAUGUCUACGAGGCAAAUGGCUCCCCUCCCUGGGCUGACGACCAGCAUCAGUGUCUGGAGGAGCUGGACACUGUGGAGUGUCUCAGAAGGAAGAUCAAAUAUUACUUUAUGAACCCCUGUGAGAAGUACCACGCUCGCGGCCGAAAACCAUGGAAACUCAUCCUGCAGAUCAUCAAGAUUGCCAUCAUUACCAUCCAGUUAGUGUCUUUUGGGCUGAGCAACCAGAUGGUUGUCACAUUCAAGGAGGAAAACCUGAUGACAUUCAAGCACCUCUUCUUGAAAGAUUAUGUUGAUGGAGGCAUGGAUACAUAUGCUGUUUACAGGCAGGCUGAUGUUUAUGAUCACAUCGAUUACAUCAUUGAACAGUAUGGACAUCUGCACAACAUCACAGUAGGAAAUCAUGAAUAUGAGAAAAGUGGCACCUUCUACACCCCCCUAACAGUGUGUCAGGAGUUCUACAGAAACGGCACCAUCUACCCUGGAAAUGAGACCUUUGAAAUCGAUGCUAAAGUGGAAACUGAGUGCCGUAAAGUUUAUCCGAUGUACCAUCCGUCAUUGCAGAGAGCAUUUCCAGAUUUUGAACUGCAUUUCAAAAGGAUGGUCUCUGUCAAGAUCACGUUUGUUCUGAAGGCCAUAAAUUUACAGACAGUGAGACAUCGAGAGCUGCCAGACUGCUACGACUUUACUGUUAUUAUCAUUUUCAACAACCAAGCUCACAGCGGCAGGAUAAAGGUUGACCUGGAAAAUGAUGUAGACAUCAAUGAGUGCAGAGACUGGAAAGUAACUGGAGCAUCUGCCAGAAACAUAUACCUGACUGUGCUGUUUGACUGCCUCAUCAUUAUAACGUGCAUCAUCUCGUUCACCCUCUGCACACGCUCGGUGAUCAAUGGGAUUCAGCUGCAGUCUGAAUACACCCUCUACUGCAAGGAGCACUGUGGUAAAGAAGUCCCGUGGUCAGACAAGUCAGAGUUUGUGAAUGGUUGGUAUAUCCUGAUCAUUGUUAGUGACACGCUGACCAUCAUUGGCUCCAUUCUCAAGAUCGAGAUUCAGACUAAGGUGGUCACAAGUUAUGAUGUCUGCAGCAUCUUCCUUGGGACAGGCACCAUGUUUGUGUGGAUCGGGGUCAUCCGCUACAUGGGAUACUUUAGGAAGUAUAAUAUUCUCAUCCUGACACUCAGGGCAGCUUUCCCAAAUGUCAUCCGUUUCAUCUGCUGCGCUGGAAUUAUCUACUUGAGUUACUGUUUCUGCGGCUGGAUCGUCCUUGGCCCGUAUCAUGAGAAGUUCCGGACCUUGAACACGGUGUCAGAGUGUCUGUUCUCCCUGAUCAACGGAGACGACAUGUUUCCCACCUUCAAGAACAUGAAGCAGAAGAGCAGCCUGGUUUGGAUCUUCAGCAGGGUCUACCUCUAUACCUUUGUGUCACUCUUCAUCUACAUGAUCCUUAGCCUUUUUAUCACGCUCAUCACCGACACCUAUGACACCAUCAAGCAGCAGCAGCAGAGUGGAACCCCGACAUCAGAGCUGCAGAAAUUCCUGUCAGUGUGUAAAGAUCUGCCAAACUCUGGGGUGUACAGACUCGACAAGAAAAACAGCUGUUUCUUGGACUGCUGCAUCACCAGGUCAGUCAACACUCACUCACACUGGCCAAUGCUAACUCAUAAUUCCAUCCCAGUGUGAGUUUAACAUCAUUGGUGUCCUGGCAUCCUUUGCUUUUUAUGUGGUAACAACAGUUUUGGGUGCCCCUUAUUACCACUUGAACUGGGGGUGCAGGUGCAGUGUGCCAAAACACUUCAGUACUCAGUGGUGAAUUCUCAAAGAAUGGAUUGCAGCUGCUGAUAGCACCAUGAUCACUUGCAAACCACCCUCUGCCCAGUCUCAAGUUCUGAUUAACAAAAGAUUUUGCGCUAAUGAUAUAACAGCACAAACACGCCCAUUAGGUAUUGCAGCUGAGUGCAAUUUGUCCUUUUUAGUGUCUGAUUGCAGUUAUCCACGUGGCAAUCAGUGCCGCCUUUGUGCCAAGGACAACAUAGGCAAAACAAUGGCAGAGAGAAAAAAAACUUCAGGCAAGAAACUGAAAUGUGACAAAGAGAAACUAUGUGGGAUUUAAUAUCCUAGUUUGUCCCUUUGAAAUGCACAUAUUAGCACCAACUUUCUUAAGUUUCACUUUAAGUCUUACUGUUUUUGCAGUGAGAUUCUUAUGCAUUGAAAGGGGUCAAUUUUGCGCCAAACAAAUGCAUUUUACCCAAUUUAAAGACUAUUAAUAGCACAGGUGCACCAUGACACUAUUUGCUUGGCAGCACAAGUAGGGUUGUAUAUCACCCUUUGUGGUUACUUUAAGAAUUA